AGCUGAGCAGGGCAGACCUACACGCCCAGCCCAGCAGAGCAGCACCCACAGCUGCAGGGAACGCCCGGAGGAGAGUGCAGGACAGUGGCGAUGGAUCUGAUCUUUUCCCUGGAAACGUGGGUUCUCCUGGCUGCCAGCCUGGUGCUCCUGUAUCUAUAUGGUACCAGUACACAUGGACUUUUUAAGAAGAUGGGAAUUCCUGGGCCAACACCUUUGCCUUUCAUUGGUACUAUUCUGGGGUACCGCAAGGGUAUGUGGGAGUUCGACAUAGAAUGUCGUAAAAAAUAUGGAAAAAUGUGGGGGUUGUUCGAUGGUCGGCAGCCUUUGAUGGUUAUCACUGAUCCAGACAUGAUAAAGACAGUACUGGUGAAAGAAUGCUACUCUGUCUUCACAAACCGGCGGUCUUUUGGACCAGUGGGAUUUAUGAAAAAAGCCGUCUCCAUAUCUGAGGAUGAAGAUUGGAAGAGAGUUAGAACAUUGCUGUCUCCAACCUUCACGAGUGGAAAACUCAAGGAGAUGUUACCCAUCAUUGCCCAGUACGGAGAUGUGUUGGUGAAAAACCUGAGGCAGGAAGCAGAGAAAGGCAAGCCCGUGGACUUGAAAGAAAUCUUUGGGGCCUACAGCAUGGACGUGAUCACCGGUACAUCCUUUGGAGUGAACAUUGAUUCCCUUAGAAACCCACAGGACCCGUUUGUGAAAAACGUCAGGAGGCUGUUGAAAUUUAAUUUCUUCGAUCCUCUCCUUCUCUCAAUAACACUCUUUCCAUUCCUUACCCCAAUUUUUGAGGCAUUACAUAUCAGUAUGUUCCCAAAAGAUGUUAUGGAUUUUUUGAAAACGUCCGUAGAAAAGAUUAAAGAAGAUCGUCUCAAAGACAAGCAAAAGCGCCGAGUGGAUUUUCUUCAACUGAUGAUUAACUCUCAGAAUUCCAAAGAAAUCGAUUCCCACAAAGCUCUGGAUGAUAUAGAGGUCGUGGCCCAGUCGAUUAUCAUUCUUUUUGCUGGCUAUGAGACCACUAGCAGCACCCUCUCCUUCAUUAUGUAUUUGUUGGCCACUCACCCUGAUGUCCAGCAGAAACUCCAGGAGGAGAUUAAUACAGUUUUGCCCAAUAAGGCACUUGCUACAUAUGAUACCCUGGUCAAGAUGGAAUAUCUGGACAUGGUGGUGAAUGAAACUCUCAGGUUAUACCCAAUUGCUGGCAGACUUGAGAGAGUCUGUAAGAAAGAUGUUGACAUCAACGGGAUAUUCAUUCCCAAAGGGACAAUUGUGAUGAUGCCGAGCUAUGCCCUUCACCGAGAUCCGCAGCACUGGACUGAGCCUGAUGAAUUCCGCCCUGAAAGGUUCAGUAAGAAGAACAAAGACAACAUCAAUCCUUACAUAUACCAUCCCUUUGGAGCUGGACCCCGAAAUUGCCUUGGCAUGAGGUUUGCUCUCAUGAAUAUAAAACUUGCUCUUGUGAGAUUAAUGCAGAACUUCUCCUUCAAACUUUGUAAGGAAACUCAGGUCCCCAUAAAAUUAGGUAAGCAAGGACUUCUUCAACCAGAAAAACCCAUUGUUCUAAAGGUCGUGUCGAGAGACGGGAUCAUACAUGGAGCUUGACUUUCCUGUGGACUUUUGCUUUACUCUUCAAGGAGGCCAUAUCCCAGAACGAGACCUGCAUUUACUUUGUGAAUAAUAGUUGGAAAUAAAGAUGGGAUUAACCUGUGGUACUUAAAGAA